AUGCUCCCCAAGACCAUUUUCACCAUCUUGACCACGCUCGCCGCAGCGCAAGCCUCUCCCCUCUCUAAGCGCGCCGUGGUCCCCCACGACAGCAUCGCCCCGUUCCCCGAGACCGUCCCUAACAACGCCAUCGGCAACACUUUCAAGAAGUUCGAGCCCUUCCUCCAUAUCGCCCACGGCUGCCAGUCCUACCCAGCCGUCGCGGCCAACGGUGACACCAGUGGCGGCCUCCAAGACACAGGCAGCGCGACAGGCGGCUGCCGCGACCAAUCCAAGGGACAGACGUACGUAAGAGGAGGAUGGUACAACGGGCGCUACGGCAUCAUGUACGCGUGGUACAUGCCGAAGGACAUGCCGAACAGCGGGGUGUCGGUUGGUGCGCACCGCCACGAUUGGGAGAACGUGGUGAUUUGGGUGAACAACCCCAGCAACGCCAACCCGGCGCUCCUGGGCGGCGCCGCCUCGGGCCAUGGAAAGUACAAGAAGACCAAUGCGCCUCCGCGCGAGGGCGACCGGCCCAAGGUCGAGUACUUCACCAACUUCCCCACGAACCACGAGUUGCAGUUCACGCAGACGCUGGGUCGAGACUUGGCGCUUGUGGCCUGGGACUCGUUGCCCGAGGCUGCGAGGGCAGGGCUCGAGGCCGCUGAGUUUGGGAAGGCGACGGUGCCUUUCAAGGAUGCGACGUUCAUGGGUAACUUGGCCAAGGCGGCACUGUAG